UUUCCGGCCGCGGUCGGUGCGAGCAGGAGGAAGACCGGCAAGAGGCGCGCGGGUUUAGUGGCAGCGCCCAACGAAGGGCGAUGCGCAGCCCCGGUGCUACCUGAGGUGGGGGCGAAUCUCCAUGGCGACGGCGCGGCUUUGGGAAGGUCCCUCGGCUUUCCCGUCCCCCGGUGGCGGUGGUGGUCGUGGCGGAAGCGGUCGCCGUCCUCCUGCGGCUGCAGCGGCCGCAGCCCCUCUCGGAGCUCGCGGGAUGUGAGGGCGAGGCGCUGCCGCGGAAAGGAACUUCGCCCGAGCAGCAUCACCUCUCUGAUUAAUAAUACGAAAGACAAAUGGGUUGAAAAAUGUCAUCAAGAUUCCAGUUUGGCAUCGUCUUGCUUCCAAUAUCAGCAGCAGCUUUGUACCUUGAUCAAUGUGACAGUUUGGAAAACUUUAGCAGCUGACGAAAUGAUUGAGAGUCGAGGAAAAUAUGAUUUCUAUAUUGGGCUUGUGUUGGCAAUGAGUUCCAGUCUUUUCAUUGGAGGGAGUUUCAUCCUAAAGAAAAAGGGUCUCCUUCGAUUGGCAAGAAAAGGGUCCAUGAGAGCAGGACAAGGUGGCCAUGCAUACCUUAAAGAGUGGCUAUGGUGGGCUGGACUUUUGUCAAUGGGAGCUGGUGAAGUUGCUAACUUUGCUGCAUAUGCAUUUGCACCAGCUACAUUAGUGACCCCAUUGGGAGCUCUCAGUGUUCUUGUAAGUGCCAUUCUUUCAUCAUACUUCUUAAACGAAAAACUUAAUUUACAUGGAAAAAUUGGGUGUUUAUUAAGCAUACUUGGUUCCACUGUGAUGGUCAUUCAUGCACCUCAAGAAGAGGAAGUUGAAACGUUGAGUGAAAUCUCCCACAAGUUAGGUGAUCCAGGUUUUGUAGUCUUUGCAACACUUAUUGUCAUUGUAUCCUUGAUCAUGAUCUUUGUAGUGGGACCCCGGCAUGGGCAGACCAACAUUCUCGUGUACAUAACAAUUUGCUCAGUCAUUGGAGCUUUAUCUGUAUCCUGUGUAAAAGGUUUGGGCAUUGCUAUAAAGGAACUUUUUGCAGGAAAAGCUGUGCUGAAACAUCCAUUGGCCUGGAUUCUGCUGCUAAGUCUUAUUGCUUGUGUAAGCACACAGAUUAACUAUUUGAAUAGGGCCCUGGACAUAUUCAACACUUCUGUAGUGACACCAAUCUAUUAUGUGUUCUUCACAACAUCUGUUUUAACCUGUUCUGCGAUCCUCUUCAAGGAAUGGCAACACAUGGCAGCUGAUGACAUUAUUGGUACAUUUAGUGGCUUUAUCACCAUAAUCGUGGGGAUAUUUUUAUUGCAUGCCUUUAAGGAUGUCAAUUUUUCCCUAGCAAAUUUGCCUGUGACAUUACAUAAAGAUAACAAAGGAAUAAAUGGCUGCAUGCCAAGCACAUAUGAACUGUUUAAUCACGAUGAAGAAAGUGCAACUUGCAAAAGUGACCUACACUCCCCUGAUGGAAUAUCUUCCAGGAGAAAUGGAAAUCUGUCAGCCUCCUAAAGACAACAAUUCUGUAACUUUCGUUUCAUAGUGAAAAGCCACUUUUACAGCAUUUUUCAAACAGAUAUAUUUAAAUAAUACUGUAGACAAUCAUUUUUUUAGGUUUGGCUAACUUGGUCAAAGAGCAGUGGUGGAUUUUUAUUUGCCUUACUCUUAAUUUAAAAAUACUAAAGAACCUCACUCUGUUAUUUGCUUAACUUAGUAUGAAUAUGUAAAUAUUCUGUUUUGGUUUAAGACUUCUUGCACUAAUGACAAUUUUAACAAAUAAAAUGCUUUAUUUCUGAUGAAUUAUAUUGGUCUUGCACACCUACAAAUCUUUUAUGGUAAUUUGAUGGAUUAUGCAGUGACUUGUUUUUAUUAUAAAACACUGCUACUCAUCCAUAAACAAUCUAUGUUUCGACAAUUUAUGAUCAGAUGUCUAGGAGAUUUGCAAUUGCAACCAAUGUGUUUUUAUUUAAUCAAUGAAGCAGACAUUCCUGAGGAACAAGACUUAAGUGAUAUUAGCUCACAAAGGUCAUUACGUAGAAAAAUGCUAUUUUAAGAAAAUACCUGGGUGUAAACCAUGUUUGUAUAUGUUCGCACAUACCCAAAACACAUACAAGUACUUACUGGUUUCAAGUGUUUAAAGUGCUUCAUGUUAAGAUUACUGCUGGAUAAUGCAUAACAAUUGGCAAAAUUAUUCAUUCCAUUAUUGAAAGUGGGAUGAAAGAAUAAACUUGCCUUUUUUCCCCUUUCCAGUCUUUCUAGUGUAACAACUAUUACCUGCAUGGUUUGACUCUCUGUUCUUCUGGAACACCAAAGGCAAUAAAAAAUGCAUGUACCUUUCUACUCCAUCUAAAGCAGAGACAAAUCAACAGGCAGAAGGCAGGCUUAGUUGUGUUUGCAAAAUGGAGGAAUGCCUGUAGAUUAUGUUUCAGCCUCUCUAUAUGGAAGAAAAGUUGAGAAAGCUGACCUUCAAAAUUGGGAAGGUGGAAACUAAUUGAGACUGAGCUGGGAAAAGCUUAAAAGAGAAUAAAUUAAAUAAAAUGCAAUAGGAGGAGAGCAUCAAAUGCCAAUUGUUUAAUCUACCUUCAUCAUUUUGGCAGUUGAUUGCAUUCAGAGUUAGAAAAGAAGUCUCAAAUGUUUGUAAGAACAAAAAUGCAAUGAAAUUAGAUGUUUCAGUUAAUGGCUGAAGGCAUCUGUUGUGGGAAAUAGUGUGGAUUAUUGUAGCAGUUUUUAAGUGUUCUGCAAUAUAGCUUAAUCAUAUACCAAUCAAGAACUCUGUUGGUAAGUGACAAAGUAAUUGGAUGUGAUGGCAGUUGUGGCAGUUCCAGUUGCCGUCAUUAUGCAAGUCCCACCCAGUUGCAAUGCCCCCCAGUCGCAUAAAAGCCAUUUGCAGGGCUCACCGUCUCCUGCUUGCUUCUCCACUGACUUUGCUUGUUAAAAGUAAACAGUGAAGGCUGUGAACAUCUGACUGUAGGAAGCUGUAAAGGCCACAGUCAUGAUACCUGUAGGUUCUUGUUCAGCACCAUAACUAGGGAAGGUUGCCAAAUAAGUAAACAUUAAAUCAGAAUAUAAUCUUUUAAAGCAGGGAUAGGCAAACUUUUAACUGGAAGUGCUGCAGUGAGCAGAGAUAUAUUAUUAAAAUGAAUAGGAUAAUGACUUCCCAUUUUUCUUUAUUUCUGGAAAUUAUCCCAACAAGUUAGCCUAUUUUAACACUUAGAAAAGAAAUGUAUGACAGAGUUCCAUAACAUUACAGUAGGAUUAAAUAGUUCAAAAUUUAUCACAUUGUGUUAACCAAGCUAAAUACUUUGUGAACUUAGCCUAUCGGUUUUCUACUUCAAAUUAGAAAGAAACUCUUAUGGCUGUGGGUUGAUCAUAUCUGCUCUUAGGUCUGAUAAUCUAUAAUUUUAGAAUAGUUUGCAUUGUGUUAGAAACUUUAAUAUUACUGCCUAUGUUAUAAAUAUAAUUACGCUACCUAGAAAAUUGGAUACAGAGAUAAUCUCUCUUGCAAACAUGUCUUGACUUUAUACAUAAUUGAAACAGUGAUUCUUAGACCAGAAAAGCCAAACAAUACUUUAAAAUUACAGUAACAUUUAAUUCAGAAUUUUGACAGAACUAUUGAAUCAUGACUCAUUAAAGUAUACUUCUCAAACAGUUAAAUGUUUGAAGAUAAUUUUUCUAAAACUAAAUAACCCUUGAAAAAGGUAUAAAUCUAAGCUAGUAAAUGUAAGCUGUGUUCCCUAUAUACUAUUCCACAAUAAUUUCACCUUCAACUUCAUUUGCUUCC